UUCGUAUUAACGACCACGUCACGGCAAAUCAGCAGCAGAGGAGCACACGAUUGAUAAAAAAUAUAAUUCAGAUAAGGCCAGUAGAAGAGUAUCCGAAUAGUAUUGCAACUAGGAAUUGAGCUAUUAUGGGAGUGAAUGCUAAAUUCAAAGACAUCGUAAAGAUCUCGACGUACGAUGUUGUCAAGAUGAAAGCUAUAGCUGUUGUUUGGGCAGCCUGGUACCUUUUCAGACAGCUUCUGAAAAACCUAUGGACUUCCUCUGCAAAAGCAACAAGUGCUACAGACGGAAAUCCUCCCGGAUGCCUCACAGAUGCUUCCUUUGGUCAGCAUUCUUAUAUCAAGAUAAAGGGCGUUAAACUUCAUUACGUUGAUGCAGGCCCAAAAAGUAAACCUUUACUAAUAUUACUUCAUGGUUUUCCCGAUUGUUGGAUAUCAUGGAGAUAUCAAAUACCAGAAUUAGCCGGACACUUUCGUGUCGUGGCCUUAGAUCUUAAAGGGUUCGGAGAUUCGGACAAGCCAGAAUCCACUUACAACUACCAAAUAACGAACAUAAUCGAAGAAAUAUGUGAAUUUGUGUCGAUACUGGGAUAUAGAAGAUGCACAUUGAUCGGGCAUGACAUCGGUGCUUUGAUCGGCUGGUUCAUUGUACACACAAAUCCUGAUAUAGUGGAUAAAUUCGUAUCGAUAUCGGCUCCACACCCUGAUUUUUAUUGGGACACAAUUCCUUCAUCGUACAAGAUCAAUUCCAGGUGGGUGGAGUUUUGUCAACUGCCUUUUUUACCUGAAAAAAGUGCCAUGGAUGAGGAUCUCAAAUUGUUGAAUUUACUUCAUUCCCAUCUAGGUAAAAGUGUUGAGGAUCAAUCAAUUUUAGCAGCGUACAGAUACUCCUUCUCAAGGCGAGAAGAUUGGAUCGGUGCUCUAAAUUAUUUUAGAGUCUUGCCAUUUUGGAGGCUGAGGCGGAAGGAAGUGUACCAAGUGGCUGCUUUAUUGAUAGUUGGAAAUAAAGACAACGCGGUGCAAAUGGAAAGCAUAAUUAAGUCGUGUGAUUAUUUUGAGAAAUUCGCAAUUAAAAUUGUUAACGAUGCGGGCCAUUAUCCACAUCAGGAAAAAGCGCUUGAAAUCAAUCAAAUAUUGAAAAACUAUUUGAUAGGAAACCGAGCACAACCGAUCGAAAAGAAAGUACAAUCGAAUGGUUUGGUGAACCGAAUGUUCGGCGCUGUCAGUUCUACAGUUUUUGACGCCGUACAAAAAACGACAAAUGGUAUAACUUCUAGGGCUCUCAACAUUGGCCAAAAUACUUAACAUUUAAAAUCGUUAAUUAGUCAAUUUAUUUUCAACAAGACUGAUAUUGUUUAACAGCUAAUAAAUACAAUUUUAAACAAUUCUCGAACCAUUUUACGUAC